UAGUGCGCCGCCUAGACACAAGUCGCCAUUAAAACGUAGAAGAAGAAAAAGAAGACAAUGACGACGACGAAGAAGAAGAAGAAGAAGCGAUGCAGUCAACUUGUGUGAACUAGCAAGAUCUCGCUGUUAUAGACAGUAAAAUGUCGUGUUGUGCACCUGGAUGUAAGAACAGACAUGGCAAACAUCAACUCCAUUUUUAUAGAAUACCGUCGUCGAGGACGCCCUUCGAUGCUAACCGCAGACGUCUGUGGUUGCUAGCCAUUAAACGGACGUUCUGGACCCAUGAAACCCUCCGGAACGCUCGAAUCUGCAGCGCUCAUUUCAUAUCAGGAGAAUGCUCCAUGGAUCCAGAAAGUCCAGACUUUGUCCCCUCAGUGUUCAAUUGUACGACCAAGAGACAGUGUACGGACAGGAAGAAGAAAAGAGCAGCAGCUGUCAGCGGCCCCUCUCUGGACGACCCAUCCAGCUCUCUCACUGCAGCGCAACAGUCCGACAAUGUGGAGCCGACAGCAGACUCUCCGCAGCCUCCCGACUGUAAAGAAGAGCCUUUAAAUGAUCAGUAUCCUGUCUCCGAGGAAGCGCCCCCUUCAUGGCAGCAAUGUGACAUUAAGGUUGAGCAGGUGGAAAUGGUGAUCGUAGAGCACCCGCUGGUCAAAGAGGAGCCGGUGGAUCAGUGCAUCAGUCCAGACACGGAGGCUGAUACUUCCAAUGGUGCUGAAGUCCGACUUCCCAAAUCAGAACCAACCAGUGACUGUGAGCUGUCCCCGUCUCCUGCUGCUGUGACUGUGAGUGUAAAUGAAAGCAUGAAGGAGGAAUGGAAUGAAAGUGAUGGUUCGUCGUCGCCUCAGAGUCACAGCAUUGAAGUCUACGUGGAACUGGAAGAGCCUCCGAGGGAAGAGAAGACUUGCAGAUUUUGUGGUAAAGGUUUCAAAAGGGAUUCACAUCUUAUAAGACAUGUAGACCAGAGUCACAAUGGACACAAAGCCUUCAGAUGUCUGAAGUGCAACAAGGAGUUUGAACAAAGGCACCACUUAAUCGUGCAUGUAAGAAUUCACACAGGUGAAAAGCCUUUCAGUUGUGAUUUCUGUGACAAAACCUUCAGUCAGAACUCAAGCCGUAUAGUUCAUAUGAGGGUGCACACUGGGGAGAAACCGUAUUUUUGUAAGAAAUGUGGGAAAAGUUUUCCCUCGGGUAAACAUUUCAGAUUUUGCAAUGUGCAGAAUGAGGGCAAAAACACACCAGAGAGAGGGGACAUAGAUGAGAAUCUCAAAGAGGAGAAGGCUUUUAAAUGCUCUGAAUGCAGCAAGGAGUUUAAACAAAAGCACCAGCUCGUUCUGCAUUUGAGAGUUCACACUGGUGAAAAACCCUACAGAUGUGAUGUCUGUGGCAAAACGUUCACUCAGAGCUCCAGUCGGCUUGUUCACAUGAGACAGCACACCGGAGAGAAACCGUAUUUCUGUGAGAAAUGUGGCAAAAGGGUUGGUUUUAGUCAACACCUCCAGUACUGCACAGGGAGACAAAGCAAAAACGCAAAAAAAGCCUUUCGCUGCACGACGUGUGGCAAAACCUUUUUCACAGACUCGGACCUGAAGGUUCACAUGGAGGUUCAUGAAUCAUGGAAACGACACGUCAAUGAGAAACUGCAAGGACAAGAGACGGAAGAGAAUAAAGUUAAAGUGGUAUGAAAGAGCAUGAAAGAGUAUGUGACAGAAACAUUUUUUCUAAAAUAAAAUGUGCAUUGAGUCAUUC